AUGUUCGACAAAGUGGUGACUCCAAGUGAUGUUGGAAAACUAAACCGGCUUGUGAUCCCAAAGCAACACGCAGAGAGAUACUUCCCAUUAGAUUCAUCAUCCAAUGAGAAAGGUUUGCUUUUAAACUUUGAAGAUCUAACAGGAAAAUCAUGGAGGUUUCGUUACUCUUACUGGAACAGUAGCCAAAGCUAUGUCAUGACUAAAGGUUGGAGUCGUUUUGUUAAAGACAAGAAGCUUGAUGCUGGAGAUAUUGUCUCUUUCCAAAGAUGUGUUGGAGAUUCAGGAAGUAACAGUCGUUUGUUUAUUGAUUGGAGGAAACGACCUAAAGUCCCUGAACAUCCUCACUUUGUUGCCGGAGCUAUGUUUCCUAGGUCAUUGGAUCAGAGGAAUGCUAAUCCGGCGAUGGUGGUUGACCCGUUGGUGAUUGAAUCUGUUCCGGUGAUGAUGCACGGAGGAGCUCGAGCUCAGACGGUUGUUGGAACAGCCGGGAAGAGGAUGAGGUUGUUUGGAGUUGAUAUGGAAUGUGGUGAGAUCGGAACUAUGACGAAUAGUACGGAGGAGGAAUCAUCAUCUUCCGGUGGGAGUUUGCCACGUGGCGGUGGUUCUUCGUCUUCCUCUUUGUUUCAGCUGAGGCUUGGAAGCAGUACUAGUGAAGAUGAUCACUUCACUAAGAAAGGAAAGUCUUCAUUGUCUUUUGAUUUGGAUCAAUAA